CAUGAGUUCCUGACCUCCAUUUUUCAACAAAUUAUAGAUUUGGCUCCACUGCUGCACACGAUGGCAGCCAGCACGGACAAAACCUACACUUGUCCAGUGGAAAGGCAAAUGAUGUUCAAGAUGGAGAACACCAGGAUCUGCAGAAUAUGUGCUGCAGGAUCAAACAGACAGGAAGUGUUCACCAACCUGUCCCUUGACCUGAUCCCUGGAUGUGAGACAGUCGAUGAGUUGCUUAUGAGCUACCUUAAGGAAACAAAUUUGGAGUAUAGAUGCGAGUGCGGUUCCACCUUAUCAGGCCAGCGCUCUUCAUUCGCCACCCUGCCAAGAGUGCUGGUCCUGCACCUGAAACGCUUCAGGUAUACUUCAUUUUACACGCUGAAAAAGGACCGUCAACCCAUCCACCUCAACAAAGAUCUGGUGGUUUCAACAAAACAGGAUGCUUGCGUCUACAGCUUGGUUAGCAUUAUCAACCACAUUGGCAAAAAUGCAGGAGGAGGACACUACACCAGUGACGGGGUGGACCCAGAUGUGGAGGUGGAGGAUCCAGACUGCUGGUUCACCUAUGACGAUGCAAGGGUCACCAAAACCAGUGGUGCCUAUGUGUGCAAAAAGCGGAAACAAAGCGCCUACAUCCUGUUCUACAAAAGACACGAUUAG